AUGCCACAAAACUUUAUUUUGGAGAUCGAGGUUUUUGACUGUUGGGGAAUCGACUUCAUGGGGCCCUUUCCACCUUAUUAUGGGAAUCUCUACAUUCUUUUGGUCGUGGAUUACGUUUCCAAAUGGGUUGAAGCUGUAGCAAGUCCUACAAAUGAUUCGAAGGUAGUCCUCAAGAUGUUCAAGCACAUAAUUUUCCCACGGUUUGGUGUCCCUAGAGUGGUUAUAAGCGAUGAGGGGACUCACUUUAUCAACAAGCUCUUUGCAAACCUUUUGAGGAAACAUGGUGUGACACACAAGGUUGCUACUCCUUACCACCCACAGACCAGUGGGCAGACAGCUUAUAAAACGCUUAUUGGGACUACUCCUUUCAGGCUAGUUUAUGGGAAGUCAUGCCACUUACCUGUCGAAUUCGAGUAUAAUUCCUUGUGGGCGACUAAGCAAAUGAACUUCAACAUCAAGACAGCCGCAGAGAAACGCCUUAUUCAGCUGAAUGAGCUUGAUGAAAUUCGCAUGGAUGCUUAUGAGAAUGCUAAGAUAUACAAGGAGCGGACCAAGGCUCUCCACGAUAAGAAGAUUAUUCCCAGGGACUUUGCUGCCAAUGAUUUGAAACACUUGAAAAUCACGUUUGGUAGUAAGCCUUAUUCUGAGGAACAGGUUCGAAACGCAGAAGAUAACAUGCCUAAACGAUGCCGAAGAGGUAAGGAGACUGCCCCUCCUACCGAAGAGCCACCAACAAGGAUUUGGAAUGAUGCUAAGUGGUUGAUGGAGCCAACUCGUUUUGUUGAUCGAGAGCUUUUUGAGAAGAUGGGUUGGUAA